AUGGCACGCACAACAGGCUGCAACCCUGACACUGUCAGCGCCACCAGCAGCGCGAAUCCUUGGGCCAGAAGCCCUGGGGCGCCUAAAUCAGGGGGUGGGUCCCUGACUGCAGGAGGGCGGGAACCGACCCUCAGUGCCACCCAGAGGCUGCACUGCCCAGUGCCAGGGUCCAGCUCCUGGAUCGCAGGUCGAGGAGGGGCCGGGAGUGGCUAUGUCAAGCAGGCCAUGUGGGCAUGGCGCCCCCAUGUUCCGUUCCAAGGAGGCUCCGCUAACACGGAAGUGCUCAGCGCAGUUGCCACCUGCACGCGGUGCCUGGGAACGUGGGGCCAGGCGCGUGUCUCCUCAGCUCAGCUGGGAGCUGCGCAUGCGCUGUUGGCUAACGGCUCUGCUCUGCGCGCUUCUGCUGAGAGGCCUGAGUGUGCAAGAGCUUGGCGAAACAGAACUUUUUACUGGUAUUUGACUGCGUGGACUGAAGAAGGUGGACUAAACUUUGCCAACAAGUCCUCUCACUCUCAUAGGACUGCUCUACACUGGGCCUGUGUCAACGGCCAUGCGGAAGUAGUAACAUUUCUGGUAGACAGAAAGUGCCAGCUUGACGUCCUUGAUGGUGAAAACAGGACACCUCUGAUGAAGGCUCUACAAUGCCAGAGUGAGGAUUGUGCAAAUAUUCUGGUAGACUCUGGUGCCAAUCUAAAUAUUGUAGAUGUGUAUGGCAACACAGCUCUCCAUUAUGCUGUUUAUAAUAAGGAUUUGUCAGUGGUGGCAAAACUGCUGUCCCACGGUGCAGUCGUCGAAACGCAAAACAAGGCUAGCCUCACACCACUUUUACUGGCCAUAACGAAAAGAAGUGAGCAAAUUGUGGAACUUUUACUGACAAAAAAUGCAAAUGCGAAUGCAGUCAAUAGGUUUAAAUGCACAGCUCUCAUGCUCGCUGUAUGUCAUGGAUCAUCAGAGAUAGUCGGCAUGCUGCUUCUGCGAAAUGUUGACGUCUUUGCUGAAGAUACGUGUGGAAUGACUGCAGUACGUUAUGCUAUUGCUUGUGGAUUUGAUCACAUUCAUCAACAACUUUUGGAAUAUAUACGAAAAUUAUCUAAAAAUGCCGGUCCAGGUAAGACUUCUGAUAGUAAACUACUCUUGGUGGUGCUACCAUAAGAUUAUGGAAGUGUUGAUCACAAAAAGGCAAUUCAAAAAGCAAUGUGUAAAUAGCAUGUGUUUACAUAUGUACAUGUGUGUGUGUGUAUAUAUAUGUAGCUUUAAUUUUUAGUUUAUAAUUCAGAAUUAGUUAAUAAUUUCAUUGUAGGUAGUUUAUAAUCUCAAAAAAAUUAUCUGA